GCAAUGCUUGUCUCCAUAACAGUUUUGUUUGAAAGUCGGAGAAGUUCAAUUUCAUUCAACAAGUUUAGUAUCUCCAAAAAAAAAUUCUCUGGAUACUGAAAAAAAAACAAAAUUCUCUGGAUACUGUUAAAUUAUAUUGGGCCGAUUGUGCUUAUAACUCCACCGUUCUUGGAUUUGCCGGAUCAAAAUUCGUCUAAAAUCGAAAUAGUCAGAAUGCUGCCCUGUCCAGCGAAAGAGUUUUUCACCGAGCCUACAGCUGUAAUGACUUUUGCAACAUUUUGGCCGACCUAUAUAAAACAAUUUGGCGAGUUGAUAUUUUUACUUUCAAUGGCUCAAGUUUUAUUCUUCUCUGCUUGCUGUGUGUAUUACCUUGUCAUUUUCAAAAAUUCCAAUGCCUCUGCCGCCACUCGCCGCCUACAACUUCGUGUAUUUAUCGGACUUGUAAUUCAAAAUUUGCUUCCAAUGCUUUUGACCUACAUACCUGUGCUGAUUAUUCUGAAUAAAGAUGGAAGUGAUCAAUAUAAUCAAGUAGAUAACAAUUUGGUCGGUAUGAUUUCAAUAAUUCAUUAUGGGAUUGCAAGUUUAUUCAUUCUUCUCGUGCAUAGUUCUUAUCGAAAGUUUUUAGUUUCUAUUUUCUGGAAGGAGAAAUUGAACACUAUUAAAAUAUCGAUAUGUCCUAAAACAAUAAAUUUGUGA